CGUCGGCGGUCAGUGGCAACUCACGGAUUCACAGUACAGCAGCGUAGGCGUAGCCCUCGUCUCUCUUGUUCGGUCGCGGGUUCCCCGAGCUGCGAUUGGCGGUGUUCUUGAUUACAUAAAAUACUAUUCUCCAGAAGUGCUCAUAGUGGAAUAAAUGGGAAAUAGGGAAAGACGAACUGUGUUUGUCACAGUAGGGACCACAUGUUUUGACGCUCUUGUCAAGGCAGUAGAUUCUUCACAAGUCAAGGAGGCUCUAUUGCAAAAAGGUUAUACUGAUCUUGUUAUUCAAAUGGGACGAGGCACAUAUGUUCCAUCUAAGGUCUCAAGAGAUGGAACUCUUCAAGUUGAUUAUUUCACUUUUUCACCAAGCAUUGCUGACUAUGUAAGGGACACUUCCCUGGUCAUCAGUCAUGCAGGUUCAGGAAGCAUAUUCGAGACGCUGAGACGCGGCGAACCUUUGAUCGUCGUUGUAAACGAGGAUUUGAUGGACAAUCAUCAGAGUGAGUUAGCAGAGGAACUGGCUGCAAGGAAACACCUCUUCUGUGCGCGCCCACAAACACUAGGAGAUACGAUCCAGAGAAUGGGCAUAGAUACUCUCACCCCCUAUGUGCCAGGGGAUGCCAAACCAGUUGUAACGCUGAUUAACAAAUUUCUUGGCUUUCCAGAUGACUGAUGUUUUUCUUAGUGCCGUGUUUUCUGUUGUAACAAAAUGAAGUACUACCUCCAUUUCAUAUUGUAAGAUUUUCUGGGUUUGUCU